CCGUACUAGUAUAAAACUAAUAAAAGUGGGGCUGCGCUGUCGUUUUCUCCGAUUCCACCUCGCCCACACGCAGCGGCGGGGCCGGAAUUUGUCGUCACAUCCCGGCGUCGUUAGGAGUCCUGGUCAAACCCCAAAGCCAGUGGAACUUCAACCCGCUGCCCAUGGAAGACUUUCCAAGCCGUGUUCGACUAUUUAAUUCAUAAAAUUUGCGCGCUUCCCUUCAUUCCUCCCUCGAGACUUUUUCGCAGCUCAAUUCAUUAUUCGCCCCCAUCAUUUCCACUCUGUCUUUUUUUUUUUGUUAGAGGGAGAAUAUUGUUUGAAGAAAGAAGAUAGCUAGGGUGUAGUUUGUUUGUUACAACUGAAAAGCAAGAUUCUUUCAGUUUCAGGGAAGAGAGAGAGAGAUGAAUACAGUUGGCGGCGCCGAUGUGGGCGCGGCGGAGAUGGUCCGGAAAUACAAGGCGUGGGAGGGCAGUAAUAAAUUCUGUCUUGGGGGAAGGUUCAUUUUUGGGCCUGAUGUAAGAUCAGUAUCUCUGACGGUGUUCCUUAUAAUUGCUCCUGCUGCUGUUUUCUGCGUAUUUGUUGCAAGGAAACUGAUGGAUGAUUUUUCUGGUGAUUGGGGGAUUGCAGUUUUGGUUGUAUUUAUUGUGUCGACUGUAUAUGUUUUGGUGCUGCUUCUGUUGACUUCUGGAAGGGACCCCGGUAUUGUUCCUCGCAAUGCUCAACCUCCUGAACCAGAAACGAAUAAUUUAAGUACGGAAUUGGGCUCUGGCCAUACACCUCGCUUGCCUCGUACAAAAGAUUUUAUAAUAAAUGGAGCUACUGUGAAAGUGAAAUACUGCGACACUUGUAUGUUGUACAGGCCUCCGCGCUGUUCACAUUGUUCGAUAUGUGACAACUGUGUGGAGCGAUUCGAUCAUCAUUGUCCCUGGGUUGGACAGUGUAUCGGACUGAGGAAUUAUCGGUUCUUUUACAUGUUUGUCUUCUCGACGAUGCUGCUUUGCUUGUACGUUCAUGGGUUUUGCUGGGUUUACAUUAAAAAGAUAAUGGACAGUGAGAAUUCCUCCAUAUGGAAAGCUAUGGCCAAAACACCUGCCUCCAUCGUGCUCAUUGUUUACACUUUCCUGGCACUAUGGUUCGUAGGCGGGCUCUCAAUCUUCCAUCUCUACCUCAUCACUACAAACCAGACGACAUAUGAGAACUUCAGAUACCAAUAUAGCAGACGUGCAAACCCCUACAACAGAGGAAUAGUUGGAAACAUUAUGGAUAUAUUCUGUAGCAGUAUCCCUAAAUCAAAGAAUGAUUUCCGGGCCAAGGUGCAAAAGAAGCAGCCUAUGAUUCCUUCUCACUCAGUGGGUGAUAGUUUUGACAGUACAACCUUGGCAGUUUCCAAGAGGCUGCAAGGGAAGUCGAUUUGGGACGAGACGAACGACAAAGCCCUUGCCAUAGGGUCGAACCGUGUAACCCUUUCUAGUAAUGGUGAAAGUGUAACAGAAUAUCAGCAAUACUUGUAAAGUCAUGUGACUGGGAAGCAAGAACAUUGAGCCAAAGAAACUGGCCAGAUUUGUGUGCAUGUGCAGUUGUUUCAAUAGAAUUCGGUUUUGCUA